AUGACUGAAAAAAAAUCUUUAAAUAGUUUAAUCAUACACCCUGCUAUUGAGCCAGGAGUUAUUGACAAUGCAAUGCUCACCAGAUGCAUCCUCGAAUACGGUCCAACCGAAGAAGCAGGAAGACUUUUUGCUGAAGAAGGUGUUCAUUUAGACGAAGCACCUAUAGUACGAUUAGAGUUUCAAAAUAUCUUGAGAAUAGAUCAUUUAUGGAUGCUGAAAUCAUUGAGAAAAUUAACGUUAGCUCACAACUUAAUUGAAAAAAUAGAAAACCUGGAGCAACUUACUGGUUUAAAUGAACUAGACUUAUCAUUCAAUAAAAUAGAAAAGAUUGAAAAUUUAGAAGAAUUAGUCAAUUUGGAGGUUCUUACUCUAUUCCAUAAUAGAAUACGAAAGUUGGAAAAUAUGGAGACGUUGGAGAAUCUAUUGGUUUUUAGUAUUGGCGAUAAUUUGAUUGAAGAUUAUAAAGAGAUGUCUUACCUUCGAAGAUUUCGCAAACUCCGCUCGGUCAGUUUCAAAGGCAACCCGUGCUGUGAUGAUCCAAUGACCAAUCAGUUUUUGAAGUCAGCCCUAACAAGAGUUACGUAUCUCGAUUAUAAACUAAUUACAGAAGAAGAGAGAGAAGCUGGCCAAGCUAUAUUUCGCGGUCUCCUCCGUAAGUUGGACGAAGCAGACGAGAAAUCGGAAAAGGCACGAAUAGCCAAAGAGGAGUACGAUGCUAAAGUGAAAUUCUACGCGUUGUCGUUCGUGGAGUAUUUGAGUGGGCCGGAGUUGAUAGAGUCCAUGUUUGAGAAGGACCCGGAUGGUGCAUUACUAUUGAAAAUAGGAGGGGAACUUAUUGGAUUUUAUGAACAAUACAAAGAACAAUACGUAGAAACGAUGGCGGGAUUAGUGGAUUUUGCCCAAGGGGCAUAUAACGCGAGGCAGCACGAAAUAAAACUCUUUAAAGACCUCGUGGAUAACGCAUUGGAAGAAAGCGUUAAGAAGAGUAAGCAGGUGGUAGAAGAAUUUGAAUUGAAGAAGAAACCGUUAGUUGAACAAAUGAACGAAAUAAUCAGCAAAGUGACAGCCAAGCAAGCGACCAUAGAGCAAGUGGAACCAAACGUUAUAGACGCGGGAGAGGCGUUCAAUGAUCUUGUCUAUGAUCUGUGGAAGAAACUUAUGUCCAUUGAGAUGCAAUUGUACGAACGCUGCGAGGAAUCCAGAGUACAAUUCUCAGUGAACAUGACGGAAAUGAUAACGAAGCUUCUAGAAGUAUCUCGCAACGCAUUCGGUGCUUGGAGAGAACAUGAGGGCAUUUGGUCCAUGAGACAGUUUGAAACUCUGUCGAAACUCUUGGGCAAUAAAGUUAUGUUGGGAGAUGCACCGCCUGAAUUGUUUGAGGUGAUGAUGGACAGGGAUGCAAUGAUGAAUCUCGUAGCGCAAUCGUCCGAUAACCACAUGAGGUUUAUAGACUCGUAA